AUGCACAUUCAAAAACGUGUUGUUGGUACAAAUAUCUCCAAUGGAUUUUUACAAAAGCCAUCAGGAGCAAACGAACAAAAGAAACACAAAUGUUGGCGUCGUUUUAUGAAUGAACGAGCGAUUAACCGCGCCUAUAUACCUACACCACAUGAACAUGUUGCAAACUGUUUAACACAUGGUUGUCUCAUUGUACCAUCUUUUAUUGCUGCUCAACGACUUAUAUCUCGGGCAGAAACACCAGAAGAAUAUUGGAGUAGUAUUAUUUAUGGCAAUGCUCUCAUUUUACUUUUUUCUUUUUCUACUAUCUUUCAUUGUUCAUGUUUCCAUCCGACAUAUAGAGAUUCAAAACUAAGACAUCUAUUACAUCGUAUUGAUCGAGCUGUUAUUUAUAUAUUUAUUAGUUCUAGUUAUACACCAUGGCUUCUUCUGCGUCCGACACAAUCUAUUUCAACAACAACUACAAUAGCCGUCGUUUGGAUAAUGGCUUUCUUAGGUAUAACUUUUCAAAUUUUAUUUCAUGAAAGAUAUAAAUUACUUGAAACAUGUUGCUAUAUUAUUGUUGGUCUUCUACCAGCAAUUGUCAUUAUAGAUAUGGUAAGUUUAUAA